CUAGUCUCGCCCGCCACUCUUCCGCCCCUCCCUCCUCGCCGCCGCUCGCACGUCUGGAGCGCCCGGGCCGAGCGGGUGGCGCGCCGGGGGCAUGCGCUCCAUGAGGGCUCUGCAGAACGCGCUGAGCCGCGCGGGCAGCCACGGUCGGCGGGGAGGCUGGGGUCAUCCGAGCCGGGGCCCGCUUCUGGGCAGGGGCGUCCGGUACUACCUCGGUGAGGCCGCAGCGCAGGGCAGGGGGACGCCGCACAGCCACCAGCCGCAGCACUCGGAUCAUGACGCCUCACACAGCGGCAUGCUGCCUCGACUUGGUGACCUGCUUUUCUACACUAUUGCAGAGGGACAGGAGCGUAUCCCUAUCCACAAGUUCACCACGGCUCUGAAGGCCACUGGACUGCAGACGUCAGACCCACGGCUCCAGGACUGCAUGAGCAAGAUGCAGCGCAUGGUCCAAGAGUCCAGCAGCGGUGGCCUCUUGGACCGAGAGCUCUUCCAAAACUCCUAACACACUCGUGUCUGGGAUCCAGGUGUGUGAGCAGCAACAUUGUGCUCCUGACUCAGGCAUUCCGAAAGAAGUUUGUCAUUCCUGACUUUGAGGAGUUCACGGGCCAUGUGGAUCGCAUAUUUGAGGAUGCCAAAGAGCCCACUGGAGGCAAAGUGGCAGCCUACAUCCCGCACCUGGCCAAAUCAAACCCAGACCUUUGGGGCGUCUCCCUGUGCACUGUGGAUGGGCAGCGGCACUCUGUGGGCCACACGAAGAUCCCCUUCUGCCUGCAGUCCUGUGUCAAGCCCCUCACUUACGCCAUCUCCGUGAGCACCUUAGGCACUGACUACGUGCACAAGUUUGUGGGCAAGGAACCCAGUGGUCUGCGCUAUAACAAACUCUCCCUCAAUGAGGAAGGAAUUCCCCAUAACCCCAUGGUCAAUGCUGGUGCCAUUGUGGUCAGCUCCCUGAUCAAGAUGGACUGUAACAAAGCAGAGAAGUUCGAUUUUGUGUUACAGUAUCUGAACAAGAUGGCUGGGAACGAAUUCAUGGGGUUCAGCAAUGCCACAUUCCAGUCAGAGAAGGAGACUGGGGAUCGGAAUUACGCCAUCGGCUAUUACCUCAAGGAGAAGAAGUGCUUCCCUAAGGGUGUGGACAUGAUGGCUGCCCUUGAUCUCUAUUUCCAGCUGUGCUCUGUGGAGGUUACCUGUGAGUCAGGCAGUGUCAUGGCGGCCACUCUGGCCAAUGGCGGCAUCUGCCCUAUCACAGGGGAGAGCGUGCUGAGCGCCGAGGCCGUGCGCAACACCCUCAGCCUCAUGCAUUCCUGUGGCAUGUAUGACUUCUCGGGCCAGUUUGCCUUCCAUGUGGGCCUGCCAGCCAAGUCAGCUGUGUCAGGAGCCAUCCUCCUGGUUGUACCCAAUGUCAUGGGCAUGAUGUGUCUGUCGCCGCCGUUAGACAAGCUGGGGAACAGCCAAAGGGGCAUCAACUUCUGCCAGAAGUUGGUGUCUCUCUUUAACUUCCACAACUAUGACAACCUGCGGCACUGCGCUCGGAAGUUAGACCCACGGAGGGAAGGAGGAGAGGUUCGGAACAAGACCGUGGUGAACCUGCUAUUUGCUGCAUAUAGUGGAGAUGUCUCGGCCCUUCGAAGGUUUGCAUUGUCGGCCAUGGAUAUGGAGCAGAAGGACUAUGAUUCCCGCACAGCCCUACAUGUCGCUGCAGCUGAAGGGCACAUUGAAGUUGUCAAAUUUCUGAUCGAGGCUUGCAAAGUGAAUCCUUUUGUCAAGGACAGGUGGGGCAACAUUCCCCUGGACGAUGCUGUGCAGUUCAACCACCUGGAGGUGGUCAAACUGCUUCAAGAUUACCAUGACUCCUACUUGCUCUCUGAGACUCAAGCUGAGGCGGCAGCUGAGACCCUGUCCAAAGAGAAUCUAGAGAGCAUGGUAUGAGCACAGGCCCAGGGGCAGUCCCUGCUUCAGAAAAAGCAUGAGCUGGCCACACAUUUAACCCACAGCCACCAAAAAUACUACGGCAAGCUGCUUCCUUGGGGAUCGACACAGCCAUUUGGUGACACAGGCCAGUGUUUUCUGAGAAUCAAAACGCCCCAUCAGUUCAGUGCACAGCACAGAGAAAAGCCUCAAUGGAUACCUGAGCAGAGCUAGCUACAGAGACCUCCAGAUACAGCUCGAGAGUAGCCCGGGUCUUUACCCAGGUCCCCUUUUCCUCUCUGAAGAAAUCAUCAUGCCAACAAGCAACUUCCUUGGAGAGCCUCUAGCUACAUGCAUAUGUAUCUGCCGCAGAGUAAGAGAAAUGGGUGAGAGCCAAACCACGUGGCUUUAGAAGUCUGCGGAGAUCUGUCCAUCUUAGCCAGGACACGCUGCUACUGCUGACAGCAAUUUUAUAGACAGAGUAUUUUGUGUUCAAAUAAACUUUAAUUACAUGAAUUAUAAUUUUUAUUUUAUAUUUUGCUAAAUUUAGUCGUUCUCUUUCUCCCCUAAGGACAUCAUCA